CCUGAAAAGAAAGAAGAAGAAGAACCAAAGGGAAGGAAGGGCCAUAAUCACCUGCGACGCGCACUCUUUCUCCUCCGCAACCUGAACAGCAAUGGUAAAUUUCUCUCUGUGUUCAAUUGGUUGGAUCUGCAAUUUGAGAUCAGAUCUGUAAUGGAUUGAAUAGAUCUGAUGGUUUUGAAUGAAUGUGCAGACGACUUCGAGGCGACUCGCAGAUAGGAAGGUGGAGAGGUUCGAGAAGAACAUCACCAAGAGAGGGGCGGUGCCGGAGACGACCGCCAAGAAGGGGAAGGAUUACCCCGUCGGCCCUAUUCUCCUCGGUUUCUUCAUCUUUGUUGUUAUCGGAUCAUCUCUGUUUCAGAUCAUCAGGACAGCUACGACUGGAGGCAUGGCCUAAAUUGAGCCUGCUGCUUCUGCCGAGUUUCUAAGUUAUGAGAGAGAGAUGGCAUUAGAUCGAAUCAUUGUCCUGUCAGUGUGGUUUUACUUUUUCUUUUUGUUAGCUAGUAGAAAAAACAACUGAUAUACAAGAAUGUGAUCUAGUACUACAAGCUGUGGUUUCUACCUUGUGAAGGAAAGAAAAAAACUUCUAUGUAGACGUUAUGAAGUUUAAAUAAUAAACUACCCCUUCCUAUAUAAUUCAUUUAUCUGUUACAUUUUAUUUG